AUGCUCGAACUGGGUCAGUGCACCAACAUGGAUUUCGCAUGUGGCUAUCGCAUCUACAUAACUGGCGAUACUCUCAUGGCAGACGAGCUACGGGAGAUUCCCAAACGAUACGCGGGACGCAAAAUCGACAUGAUGCUUGUCCACCUCGGCGGAACUACCAUUCCUUCGCCUUUGGUUGGGAGACUCAUGGAGCCACUGACAUUGAUGCCGACCAUGGACGCAGAAGAGGGAUUGCAACUGAUCCAGCUCAUCCAGCCCGACGUUACGAUUCCGAUUCAUUACGACGACUACGACGUGUUCGCCAGUCCUUUAGAAGACUUUCGUCGCAUUGUCGAGGCAGCAGGGUUCUCGGGUCAAGUUGUGAUCUUGGACCGUGGAGAGCAGUACAAGUUCUUUUAG